CCCUUGCAGCUCCUCCCGUGCAGCUCGUUCCCGCAGCCGCCGCGCCGAAGAUGGCGGGCGAGCUGGGGUCGUCGGAGGCGCUGUCGCUGUCGUCCGUGCCGCCGCCGUCGGUGGCGGUGUCGGUGGCGGGGACGGGGCCGGGGGAGGAGGACCCGGCCGCGGCCUUCCUGGCGCAGCAGGACGCCGCCAUCGCCGGCAUCGAGAACGACGAGCCCUUCGGGGCCCCCGACCCGGGCCCGCAGGCCCCCGACAACACCAGCAACGCCGCCUUCGAGGACCUGGGAACCACUGUCAAUGGAGACGUAUUUCAGGAGGCCAACGGUCCCUCGGAUGGCUACGCCGCCAUCGCCCGAGCCGACCGGUUAACCCAGGAGCCCGAAAGCAUCCGCAAGUGGAGAGAGGAGCAAAAGAAGCGACUGCAGGAGCUGGAUGCCGCCUCCAAGGUGACUGAGCAGGAGUGGCGGGAAAAGGCCCAGAAGGACCUGGAGGAGUGGAAUGUGCGGCAGAACGAGCAAAUGGAAAAGAACAAGGUUAACAACAGGAUCGCUGACAAGGCAUUCUACCAGCAGCCCGAUGCCGAUGUCAUAGGCUACGUGGCGUCGGAAGAGGCCUUCCUGAAGGAGUCCAAGGAAGAGGCGCCCGGCAGCGAGUGGGAGAAGGUGGCCCAGCUCUGCGACUUCAACCCCAAGAGCAGCAAGCAGAGCAAGGACGUCUCCCGCAUGCGCUCAGUGCUCAUCUCCCUGAAGCAGACCCCGCUGGCCCGCUAGGGAAACCAAAGAGCGGAGGGCGGGGAG